UGUCCAUGUUCGUCAGCUCGUGCCCCCGUGUGGCCUCUCGCCGCAAUUUGUCGACGGAGUUGCGAACGUCGCCGCACCGGCCUCAAGCCUCUGUGGUGGCCCCGGCCUACACGGCCUUGAGAUCGUCAGCUCUGAAGGGAAACGGUGUCCAUCUCCUCGUCCUCCUCCUCGUCCUCCUCCUCCUCGUCCUCGUCGUGGUCGACCUCUCGACGGCGGGGUUGAAGGAGGCGAUGGCUGGCGUGUCGGAGGGCGCCGGCGUGGAUAGAGCCGUGCGGGUGGUGGGGGCCGAGGCGGUCGACUCGUACACGGUUUACAUUAUAGAGGUGCGGGUCGGAAGACACCGUUGGACCGUAAAACAUCGCUACAGCGCCUUCCACGAUCUUCACGAGCGACUGGUUCAGCAGAAGCAGGUGGAGCGUGCCCUGCUGCCGCCCAAGAGGAUUCUGGGUAAGAACUCCCGGGCGCUGGUUGCUAGGCGACAGCGGGAGCUGGAGCAGUACCUGCAAUCCCUGAUGGAGGUGCGGAGGGGGCUGCCUCUCCCCCCGGCACUCGCCACCUUCCUGCACUUCCACUUCUACGAGGUGAACGGGGUCACGGCGAGUUUGGCGGAGGAGCUCUUCGCUUCAGGGGAGGAGGUGCUGGCGGGGGGAGAGGCGUUCAGUCUCACGCCGCUGCAGCUGCACGCCAUCACGUGUCGUCUGCGCCUCUCCGAGCCCCACCUCGUCGCCACGGUACCCCCAGAGCCCGCCGGGGGUCCGCCAUCCCUGCCGCUCGACGCUCGCCGCGACCUCGCGCACGUCCUGGACUUUGCGUGCCGACUCAAGUACCUCAAGAUAUGCGGUCGCCCAGACGGUGUGGGUAGCAGCAACAUUGAGGAAUGCCAGCUGCCCUUUGACCUGUCGCUCUUCCGUUCGCUGCACCAUGUGGAGAUCAACCAUUGCGAUGCCAAGCAGGUGCAGGGCCUCGCCAAUCUCAAGUCUUCCUUGGCCACCCUGGCCAUGCACCACUCCACCGACAAUCUGCAGGAUGUGUUGGAGCCGGAGGGACUCGGGGCUGGCGAGUGGGCGGUGGAGGGAGAGUGCCCCGCAGAGGGGGAGCGGUUGCUGGGCGUGCAGCUCCCCCCUUGGGGCUCCCUAACCACGCUGGACCUGUCCCACAACCGGAUCUCCCACAUCGACGACGCGGUGAAAUUGAUCCCCAAAGUGGAAUUUCUUGACCUGAGUCACAACGCCAUCACGGAGAUUGCGAAUCUGCAGCACCUGUACAGCCUGGUGCACCUGGACAUGUCCCACAACCGUGUGGGCGAGUGCGUGCGCCUGCACGGCACGCUGGGCAACGUGCGCACGCUCAGCCUCGCCGGCAACGCCCUGCGCAACCUCGCGGGCCUCGCCAAGCUCUACUCCCUCGCCGCGCUCGACCUGUCCGACAACGGCGUCGAGCAGAUGGAGGAGGUGCGGCACGUCGCCCGGCUGCCCUGCCUGGAGCGGCUGUCGCUCAGCGGCAACCCGGUGUGCAUCACGACGGACUACCGCACGCGAACCCUCGCGCUCGCCGGCGACCGCGCGGCUGAGGUGUGUCUGGAUGGGGUGGCGCCGUCGCGCAAGGAGCUGGACACGGUGGAGGUCCUCAAGGCGCUGCAGAAGUCUCGCGACGCUGGCCGCCGCGGGCCCACCCCCUCGGCGGCCGUGCCGGCCCACGCCGCUCCGCGCCCCCACGCCCCCGGGGUCCCCCGCUCGGCCACCUCCGGUGCGGACUCCCCUAUCGCGGACCCCUCCGACAGGGGCAGUUGUGAGAGGGGCUCCCCCAACAGGGACCCCCCCAAGAGGCAGCCUCCCGACACGCACGGCAGCAGGGCGAGCAACGCGAACAACUCCAGCGUGGGAGCGCGCUCGGGCAAGUCGGUCGACCCCGGGACGGGCGACCCGUUGGCGGACGAUCGCAAGGCCGCGGUCGGCACGGGCGACCUCGCCAACCCUGCCUCGUGUCCACCCCGAGCCUCCUUCCCCGCCCGCGGCGCUGCCCAAGACCGCCGCGAUGCCGCCGCCGAUGCCGCGGACGCUGCCUCCCGGUCGCGGCGCUCCGCUGCCCCUGACGGGCCUGCCGCUGCCCCUGACGGGCCUGCCGCUGCCCUUGCCGCUGCCGACUCUGCCCCGAGCGGCGUCGCUCACGCCGCCGCCUCCGCCGCCUCACCACCCGCCACUGCUGCCCCCUGCCCUGCCCCGGGCAACGCCGACGGCGCCGUGACGUCGGUCGGCUCAGCCGGGAGCUGCCCGGAUCUGGUAAGCACGCCGCCCGACGACUUCCCUGGCUGCCCUUCCUCUUGCUGCCCUGCCCAGCCCAGCCCUGCCCAGUCCUGCCCUUUGUACCUGCUGCCCCUGCCCGAGCCUCUUGCCGAGAUGGUGGCCCUCACGGGUCCCCAGCUGGACGUCUACUUCCGCACACACCUGGCGCAGAGCGCCGAGGAGGAGCUGAGACACGCGCUGUGGACCCCCGUGGUGUUCUACGCGGAGCCCGAUCGCGAGCUCCCGGCCUGCGUCCUCCUCUCCUCCUCCGCCAUCUACGUCGUCACGCCGGUCACGGCACCCGCCGCGCCGCCGCCGCCGGCGCCGUCGUGCCGGCGGCAGCGGCAGGAGGAGGAGGAGGAGGGGGGUCGCGGCGGCGGCGGCGGCGGCCGUGCGGGGUCGUGGCGGUGGGCGGGACACACCGCCUGGUUGUGCGGGAGGUCGGCGGAAGAGGCGGAGGAGGUGGAGGAGGACGAGGAGGAACGCAGGGGGCGGUGCGUGGCGAUCGGCCUCCAGGACCUCAUGGCGGUGCACAUGGGGCUCUUUGAUCAGCACUUCCGACUGUCCGGGUGCGAGGCGGAGAGCGUGGUGGCGUGCGUGACGCGGGACAGCGUGCGCACGCACCACUUUGUGACGGAGCUCACGUGCGCACUCUCGCUGCUCGCCUCUCCGGCCCUCCCCGACUCCCUCGAGAACGACUUCUACCAGCCCUACCUGAGCGCCGCUAACGCAGGUCCCGGGCGGAGCGCCGGUCCAGCGAGCCGCACCUCCUUCGUGUACCCCGACGAAGAGGUGAUCGGGGAGCUCCUCUUCACGGUGAGCCAGGCCGACUCCCCCGGCACCUCCUCCUCCUCGUCCUCCACCUCCUCGCCCUCCUCGCCCCGCUCGCCCCCUUCGCCCUCGUCGUCGUCGCCGCGGCUGCCGCCGAGCCUCCUCUUCUACCUGCUCGUGUUCCAAGACGUCGGCGCGCACGGGGAGGGCGGAGCGGCGGCGGGGUCGGCGGCGGCGGCGCCGGCGGCGGCGCCGAGGUCGCUGGUGCUGACGCCGGCGCUGCUCUGCCUGUGCAGCGAGGACACCGUGUGUCACCCGCUGCCGCCGUUCGCCAAGGCGCCCGCGCGGCGCCCGCACUUUGGCGCGGUGGCGGUGCGGAGGGUGGCGGCGCUGGCGCGGCUCGAGGGGCGGGAGGGCUGCGCGCACACGCUGGCGCUCGUGUUCGCCGGGGGGCCGCGGCGGUCGGCGCCAGCGCCGCGGCGGCCGCGGCAGGAUCAGCGGCAGCAGCAGCAGCAAAAGAGUCGGCAAAAUAAAAGCCAGAGUCGGCCGCAGCAACAGCAGCAGAAGCCUGCCAAACAACAAAGUGGCGGGCAGGAGAGCAAAACUGCCGGUAGCGUACGAAGAGAAGAAAGCCGUGACAAUGACGACGACGACGAUGACGACGGGGGUGGUGGUUGCGGCGGCGAUGGCGGCGAUGGCGGUGGUGCGAAGGAGGAGGAGGAGGAGGAGGAGCGUUGGCUGCUGCGUGCGCCCAGCACGGCCGGCAGGGAGCGUCUCGUGUCGCUGCUAGCGCAUCACUGGCGCAACGUGCACGCUCGCGAGCUGCCCGUGCGGGUGCUGCCCUCGUGACGCCAGUAGCGGUGUGAGGUGGAAGCAGCGGAGGAGGAGGGGGAGGCGGCGGGUGGCGCUGCUGACCACUAACCUGACCACUAACCUGACCACUAACCUGACCACUAACCUGACCCCGCUGGCGCCAGGCGGACACUGCAUACAACACGGGCGCCAGCGGCCGUCGGUCUUUAACAACUCUGCUUUGACGCUUUCGGUGUUAGCGGUGCUAUUAGCCAGUGUGAGAUUGCAUUUUGCACCCCACAGAAUGUGCUGUGUGUUACUUGAACGCCUCCUCUUGACCUCACCACGAGGGUAGCUUAACCCCCAAACCUAAUUCUUAAUUCUGGUGACGGCGGGGGGAGGGUGGGGGAGAAGACG